UUUCAGCAGUCGCAGCGUCGAAAGUAGACGGAGCAAUUCCGUGUGUAACGUGAUUUUGCGGAGAAUAUCGCCCAUUUCCUGGUUCUGCGGAAGAAAAAUAAUUCAGUGCCACGGUGGGGCAUACGAAGCAAGAAAUGGCCAAGGUUAAAUACGAUUGGUAUCAAACGGAGACGGCCGUCACGGUGACGGUGUUAUUGAAAAACGCUGCAGAAAAGAACUAUUCCGUUCAGCUGGAGCAAAAUUCGCUUCGGUUGCAGGCGGACGAUAUCGAACCGAUUGUGUUGUCCCUCUGGAAUCCGAUCAACACCGAACAAAGCAGCCACAAGGCCACUCCGAGCAAGGUCGAAAUCAAGCUCGCCAAAAUGAUCGGCCAUCGAUGGGAUGCCCUAGAACGCCAGCAACAGGCCCACGAACAACCGUCCACUGCCGUAGCUCCGGCGAAACAAAAGCACGAUUGGGAUAAAAUUUCCAAAGAAAUUGAAAAAGAUGACCCUGAAAAAGACGAUGUAAGCCAACUCUUUAAGAAAAUCUUUGCCGAUGCGAACGAAGACACCAAGAAAGCAAUGAUGAAGUCGUACUACGAAUCGGGCGGUACCGUUCUCAGCACCAACUGGGCCGAGGUUGGCGCCAAGCAGGUGGAGGUUCAACCGCCGGAUGGUUGCGAGUACAAGAAAUGGAAUUGAUUCACUCCCGAUUGCUUGCACCGUGAACAUGAAUAGUGCUAUGGCCAAUGCAUGUGUUUCCGUAUAUUUGAAAUUGUGACGUGUUUUCAGCUGAACUUCUUUCUUAGUGCAACAUUGGAUUUAUUUUCUUUACCAAACCAAUGCUUUUAAGCGUGUCUCAAACAGAAAAAAACAUUUGCAUCGUGUUGUUGUAGUACUGCGCAGCAAGUUCAGAAAUUGAUUUUUUUUUCACAUCAGCUAGCACUUCGAGAACUUGGCUAAAAAUAAAUAUUUUGAGGAAACAAUUACAA